UCACUUUGGUAAUCGGACUGUGGGCCGAAUACCCAAGGGUUUCUGUCCCGUGCCGACUGAGCCAUCGCGGACCACCCCGAAAACAUGUUGCGCAGGUCUGUCUUCCCACUGACUAUUCUCGUACUCUUUACCGCGAUACGCAACAUUACACGCACUUUCUAAAAAAUGACAUUGGAUUACCUUUAAGGGUGACGGACUAAGCACCACCGCAAAGAAGGUAUCUAGUGCGGGUAAAGCCGUUUCACUGGUCUCGAAAGCGGUAUGCAGGGAUGAACGGAAUGCACAGCCAUCACGACCGUCUCGUGAUACAGGUUCCACCGCUCAACCGCGCGUAGACUUGCAGAUGCGCGGUCACACUAAUGACGCGUUAUGACUGCUUGCUAUUAGUCCACGACCUCCAUUCGCGCCCUAUAAAGUCUCGAAGCUUCCGUUGCAUCUCUGCAUCAUUCCGUCUCUUUCUUCAUCUACAGUCUCAACUUUCUUGUACCAACUUUACAUUGUCCAAUAUUAUGUGUACAUACGAAUGCUUCGGCGACUACUAUCGCGGAUGUCAACACUAUGUUAUACGUUACUACUCUGGAGAACGAGCCGACUGCAUGUCUCCGGACUGUAAGACGAGCUCAGAGCACAAACAUAAAUCCGCUCGCGAUUGCGUGUGUCCAAAGGUACAAUUAGACAACAAGCGCGUCGUAAACAUGUUCCAAUUCAAGUGCGAUACGUGCAUGGAGAGUGCACGCGCUCGCAGCUAUCGAUGAAGCGAUGAUGUCGGCUUAAGCGCUUUUUUUAUCCUUCUCCUUCGAUUUGUACUGGCCCCUUCAUCUCCCUGUCAUUCCAGAAGCCUGCCGCCCCCACGGCACCGUGCUUCUCACAUGCGUUCCUGGAGAGCGAGUCUGCACUUUUUGCGCAAUCGAUGGGACGAGUUUCUCUUGGAAUGUUCCCUCUAUGUAUUGAUUAUCCUCGUCUGAAAGUACAAAUCCACAGUCCUCGGUGUACACUAAUAGCCACCCUGUAACAGCUCCUCAUCACGUUUCAAGUUGACAAUUCA